UAAGAUGCCUCAGAAGGGGGCGGGCUGUGAGCGGAAUCUCAGCGAGCCUCAGUCUCUGCUGCAUCCCCUUGCCUAUCGCCAUGGCCGCCUACAAGCUGGUCCUCAUCCGGCACGGCGAGAGCGCCUGGAACCUGGAGAACCGCUUCAGCGGCUGGUACGAUGCCGACCUGAGCCCGGCGGGCCACGAGGAGGCGAAGCGCGGCGGACAGGCGUUGCGAGAUGCUGGCUAUGAAUUCGACGUCUGCUUCACCUCCGUGCAGAAGAGAGCAAUCCGGACCCUCUGGACAGUCCUGGAUGCCAUUGACCAGAUGUGGCUGCCAGUAGUCAGGACCUGGCGCCUCAAUGAGCGACACUAUGGGGGUCUGACUGGUCUCAAUAAAGCAGAAACUGCUGCUAAGCAUGGUGAGGCACAGGUAAAGAUCUGGAGGCGAUCUUACGAUGUCCCACCACCGCCAAUGGAGCCUGACCAUCCCUUCUACAGCAACAUCAGUAAGGAUCGCAGGUACGCAGACCUUACUGAGGACCAGCUACCGUCCUGUGAGAGCCUGAAGGACACUAUUGCCAGAGCACUGCCCUUCUGGAAUGAAGAGAUUGUCCCCCAGAUCAAAGAGGGGAAGAGAGUCCUGAUUGCAGCCCAUGGCAACAGCCUUCGGGGGAUCGUCAAGCAUCUGGAGGGUCUCUCAGAAGAGGCCAUCAUGGAGCUGAACCUGCCAACUGGCAUCCCCAUUGUCUAUGAGUUGGACAAGAACUUGAAGCCCGUUAAACCCAUGCAGUUCCUGGGAGAUGAAGAGACGGUGCGGAAAGCCAUGGACGCUGUGGCCGCGCAGGGCAAGGCCAAGAAGUGAAGGCGCGCAGAUAGACUUCUGCCCCGAGACCCUCCUCCCUGCCUGUCUGCCUCCUGCGCCCUUCCCAGCACCCGUCACUGACUCCAUGUUUAGGAUCUUAAGUUUAAGUUGUAGCUGCAGAUGGGGACCCGUGGCUCCCAUUUUGUUUUAGUAUUUUAUCCCCUGCACCCACUCCCUUCAUAGAAUCUAGUCAGAGUAACACCUCUAGGGUGCAGGUUCUUGGUCCACAUCCAGGGAUGGCUCCCUUCUAGGAGAAUUGAGAGGUAGUAAUUACAGUUUUCUUAGUCCUUUGUUUACAAGGGUCUGCUUUAGGAGGUCAGGGAGGAACCAUGCUGUGGCCUGACCAGUGAGAAGCCUGUCCUGCACUCUUCUGCAGUUAGGUAACUGGGGGCUUUAGUCAUUCCAGUGGAAGGUGAAAGUAGCCUGCAUUUAAAAAAUGAACUACCUUCCUCUCUGAACCUAAAGGAGCUGCUGGCCCCCGAAGGUUGGGAUCAAUCCUGUCAAGUCUAUGUGUUACAUUUACUUUUACAAAAACAGAAGUACAUAUAUAUUUAUCAGUACACAAAAACCCCUCUGAGGUUUCUAGUGGUGAUUGAAAUAGUCUAUGUGGUCACCAGAAAAUAAGCCAUUCCUCAUAUCAAGUGGGAUAAACUCCUUGUCCUCAAGGGACAGGAGUGUCUCUUACUGUGUGUUAGGACCCCUCUGCCUUGUCUUGUAGAGGUGAAGUGCCCCUUGAUCAUGUCCAGGGUUUUGUCUUUCGUUGUCUGAAUCAUGUUCCAGCUGCUUGACCCUACCGUGUGGGUCCAGAACUUGUUUUGGGCAUACUAAAUCUUCUUUUCCAGAUCAGUAUAAUAAAGGAGUGAUGUGCAAAAAACAAAAAAACAAA